CAUGAACGCGCCGCAUUCAGAGUAGUGAGAGUGUGUGUGAGAGUCUCUGCGUCGAAGAUACCGGAGUGUUGGACUACGAAUGUUUUGACCUUCGGGUUUUUCGAGGGCCGACCUCCCUCUUGAAAUCGACUGAUCGGAAUAUCGGAUCGAGAGCGUCCCAGCCGUGUGGCCCGUGUGUGCCAUUUUUGGGAAAAACCGUUAUAUUUGUAAAGACUUUUGGACGCGUCCUUUAUUCUCUCGUCCUCGGGAACCAGGCUAGCGUUAGCCACUCGUUUUGUUGCGGCGUUGGUACGGGGGUAAAACCUUACACACUAAGAGGUUUCACCCAGGAAUGGAUACAGGAGUUGUCACCGAAAAGAAAAGGGUGAGCUCAGAGCGCAGGAAGGAGAAGUCCAGGGAUGCAGCCCGAUGUCGAAGGGGCAAGGAGUCUGAGGUGUUCUACGAGCUCGCACACCAGCUGCCCCUGCCUCACAAUGUCACCUCCCACCUGGACAAGGCCUCUAUCAUGAGGCUUACUAUCAGCUAUCUGCGCAUGAGAAAACUGCUGAACUCUUGUCAGUCUAAGGGAGAGGAUGAGUCUGAACUGGAGAGCCAGCUCAACAGCUUCUACCUGAAGGCCUUGGAGGGCUUCCUAAUGGUGUUGUCUGAGGAUGGAGACAUGGUCUAUCUCUCCGAAAAUAUCUGCAAAUGCAUGGGCCUCACACAGUUUGAUUUGACCGGCCACAGCAUUUUUGAUUUCGCACACCCCUGUGAUCACGAGGAAGUGAGGGAGAUGCUAGUGCACAGAACCGGGUCCAAGAAAACCAAGGAGCAAAACACAGAGCGAAGCUUCUUCCUGCGCAUGAAGUGCACACUAACUAGUAGAGGACGCACUGUCAAUAUCAAGUCUGCCACUUGGAAAGUUCUUCACUGCACAGGACAUGUGCGUGUUCAGGAGCACAGCGACAUUUCUGCAGAAGGCGGGUUGAAAGAGCCCUCCAUUACUUACUUGGUCUUGAUCUGUGAGCCUAUUCCCCACCCCUCAAACAUCGAGGUGCCUCUGGAUAGCAAAACCUUCCUAAGUCGCCAUACUUUGGACAUGAAGUUCUCGUACUGCGAUGAAAGAAUCACAGAGCUAAUGGGACACGAGCCAGAUGACUUGCUAAAUAAGUCUGUGUAUGAAUAUUACCAUGCCUUGGACUCUGACCAUCUCAACAAGACUCAUCAUAAUUUGUUUGCAAAAGGCCAGGCAACCACAGGUCAAUAUCGAAUGCUGGCCAAGAAAGCAGGUUAUGUUUGGGUCGAAACCCAAGCCACAGUCAUUUACAACCCGAAGAACUCCCAGCCACAAUGCAUUGUGUGUGUCAACUAUGUUCUAAGUGGUAUUGUGGAGGAGGACAAGGUUCUUUCUCUGCAACAGAACGUGCCUGAGAAGGUUGUGGAGAAGGAGAAGGAGAAGGAGGAAGAGGAGGAGGAGGAGAAGGAGAAGGAAGAAGAAGAGCUGCAAGUAGAGCAAAAGAAAAAUUCAGUCAUGGACAUGUUGAAGCACUUCAAGGAGGACCCACUUACGUGCUCUAUGGAGAGCCCCAAGAGCCUGUAUGAUAAGCUCAAGGAUAAACCAGAAGCCCUCACACUUCUGGCUCCAGCUGCCGGAGACACCUUUAUUUCCCUUGAUUUUGACACUGCAGACUCUGAGAUGCAUCUGCUGAAGGAGGUGCCCCUUUACAAUGAUGUAAUGCUGCCCGCAACCAGCGAGAGACUUCCUAUACCGCUGUCACCACUGGCUCCCAGCGACCCAUCUCCAGCUUUGGAUAAAAUCGAGCCUGGAGCCGAGGAGUUUUCAUUGUCCUCCACAUCACACCGCACCAAAGACACUGCCAAUACUCCUUCCACUUCAGCCAGUUCCUCAGAGCCGAGCAGUCCAGCAGAUUACUUCCAUGUCGAUUCAGAUAUUGGCUCUGAAUUUAAACUGGAUUUGGUUGAGAAAAUGUUUGCUACUGACACAGAUGCUAACACCCACUUUAACACACAUGAAAUGGCCGAUCUUGACCUUGAAAUGCUCGCCCCAUAUAUUCCGAUGGAUGACGACUUCCAGCUGCAUAUCCCCUCUCCUCUGGACCCACUUCCCUCUGUUCCUCAAACUGGUGCUGACAUGAACUCCCUUUUCCAGCAGUCACCUUCUCGUCCAUCUUCAACAUCCAGCUCCAACGGCUCUAUAAAACCAGAGCCGUCGUCCCGCGUCCCCUCUCCACUCCACCUGCUGCAGGAAGUGAGCAGCAUCUUUGCCCUUGACGACACCCCACAGACGGGCAUUCCUCUGGCUAAGAGAAUGCAAGUGGAAGACCAGGCGCUUUCUGCAAAGCUGUUAACUGCCCAGAAUUCCCAGAGGAAGAGGAAGCUGGAGAUCACAUCACUGUCUCAGGCUGUCGGGCUGGGUGCUUUGCUCCAAUCUGUGGAUGAAGCUGUUGAGCCUGGAAAGAGGGCGAAGUUGCUGGAGGUUAAAGGUUCAAGCUUGCUUGGCGGGAACAAAACCAUUCUGAUACUACCAUCUGAAGUGGCCAGUCGUUUGCUGUGCAGCUCGUUUGAGAUCAGUGGGUUACCACAACUGACACGCUACGACUGCGAGGUCAAUGCUCCUCUUCAGGACCGUCACCCCCUGCUGCAGGGCGAGGAGCUGCUACGUGCUCUGGACCAAGUUAACUGAGUCUAGCUUGCUUAGCAAUCCUGGACAUUGUAUCCCUCUCUCUCACUGUAUACCCCUUCCCUACUUCACAUUACCUACCAAAGUAGAACUAUUGCCCCAACUCUUCACAGUCUGCUGACUGUCCCUACAUAUUCCAUCGCUUUCAGUGGCAUACCUUCAUACCAGUGGCCUUGAGGCCAAAUCCUUAAUGAUUUUUAGAGGUGUAAUUUAUCUUGCUAGUCAAAGCAAAGGAUUGUAGCCUCCACUAUGACCAAGAGCAAAGUCGAGAGCCUUAAUGCUAAACGCACACUUCCCGAAUAACAUAUAUUCACUCGUCCCACACACUCUGUGUUCCUUCUGUUUGUGUCUACCCCCAGCAUUUUGUAUUGUAGCUAAAGUCGCACAAUAAACUAUUUUCGUAAGAUAGAAUACCAGCAGCUCAUUGCAAUAUACGAAACCAUUUUUUUUAUGAAUAUGUACUUUUAACAAUUAUUAUAACCAUGUUUUUUUUUCUCUCUCUCUCUGUUGCUUUUUUUCCCUCAUUUAUCAGUUUUAUUUGUAUACGGUUACAUUUAAGAGUGUAUCUUUCCCCCAUCCCUAGGCUCCCUGGAAGAUAUUCUUAUGGCAAUGGACAGUGUAGUUUAUCAGCCCAUUGUGUAAAAGCAGUUCUCAUCAAUGUGCAAAAGGGAAUCGGAAUGCAUCGAACGUGACAUUUUUGUCAAUGUGCAAAUGCCUGUAACAAGGAGUUUCUCACGUCCUAUCUCAAAGAGGUUGCAACAGAUGUUGAGUUUAAUUAUGUGAUACAUUUUUAUAUUUUUAGCUGUUAUUUUGUUUCUGCCAUAAUAGACGCCUACACUUCAUGCUUGUCCUGUGUAAUCCAGCAGGGUAGAUUUUUACUAUUAUGCUUUGGAAGCGUAAUGUAGCGUGACCAUGCAACGCUGAUAAACAGUUAUUCAAGUGUCUAAUGUUAUAUAGAACAUUUAAUGCUCAGAUAAACAAAAUGUUUUUCCUUGUGUUUUCCUAAGUUGACUUUGUCCAGCAGAUAUGUUCAUUUUAUUAUAUUUUGCAGAAGGCUGAAGAUUUGCUUUUGUGGUGGUUGUACGCUACUGUUCAUUUACUUUGGCAGUCUGUACACAUACAUUUCCUUAACACUAAAUGUAUUGUUUAUUGCAUAAUCAUUAAAGGAUAAUUGUGGACCAGA